UCCGUGCUGCUCGGCUGCGACAACGGGUUCUGCCUUCUUUUUUCCUCACUCUCUCUUCUUUCGUUUCUUCUGGGUGCACGUACGUUUUGUUUCCCUUUUGCAAUUGACGGGACUCACCACUCGGUCCAAGUGAGAAGUGCGCAGGCCGGCCCACCAACCCAAGUUGGCUCCAGCCAUCCAUGAUGAUUGAUCCUAUUCCAUGCCGUCCAUCCAUCCAUCCAAUCCAUGCCCAUAUGCCCAAGCCAUGCGCCUGUCCCGUCAUUCCACGCCAAUGUUCAUGCUCCCCCCUGCUCAGGUUCCCGUCGUUUGAUUGCUGAAUCGCAUUGUCUGGUGGGGGGCUCUUUUGCAUCGGUUUUUUCUUUGUUUUAUUGAUUGUUCCCAAUUGGCACAAUACUGCCCUUGCCCCAGACGAAGCGAAGGCCGAGAAGCGCGAGUGACAUGACGGCUCAAUGCGAAUGGCUUUUUCUUCUUCAUUUCAAAUCGGAAAGGCCGUGGUUCGUGGGGUGGGCGUCGCACGUCGGCGGGGAGGGAGGGGAGGAAGUUGGAAAUCAAGUGCGGUGUGGUGUGGAAUCUUUUUGGUUUUGGUUUUUCUGGUGUGGGGGUGGGAACAUGGAGGAGCCACGGUCCACGGUGCAUUUCAACGUCCUUACAUGCACAUGUACAUGUACGUACAUACAUACAUACAUACAUGA